CUAUAAAGAGCAGAUGUCUUCGAUGGUGUCCCUGCCCCCUGGCCGAAUGGCCUCGAGAUUGGUUGUUGUGCCUCCAUGUAGAUACGCGGAUUCGUGCGAGCCACGAUUUAAUAUUUCACUCAAAGGGCAAUCAAUCAAUUCAUGAUGAAACCAACAGAAGAUGCCUGUUAAUUCAGUAGCAAUCCCUGCUAUCUCAUAUCAGGAACUUGUAGAGGACUUUCCUCUACUGAAGUAAUCCUGAGACCAGUGUAGGCCGGUGUUCACGACGCGCAGUCCCAGUUGCAAACGGGGGAAAUAAAAAUUUAACAAUGUUGUACAUCACGUGUCGCUUUUGCAAGGAAACACUGAGAAACGGUGUUAAGACGGCCCGCGGUGUUAGGAACGCUGCCUCGGUUGCCGCCAGCAUCGACAAGAGCAACGAGCUGGCGCUCCUGGGCCAGAAGUACACGACCGACGACUGGACGAACAUCACUCCGAAUAUCAUCGCCAAGCUGGGGAGAAAUCUGCACGUGCAGCAGCACCAUCCGCUCUCGCUUCUACGUCAACGCGUCGUGAAUUACUUCUACGGACGGUUCCGCGGCACGAGCGGCACCCCGUCGUUCAGUAUCCACGACAACAUAUGUCCCGUGGUCACGGUCCAGCAGAACUUCGAUUCCCUCCUCGUGCCGAAGGAUCAUCCGAGCAGGAGGAAAACCGACUGCUACUUCGUGAAUCAGGACACGCUGCUGCGGGCGCACACCACCGCGCAUCAGGCCGAGCUGAUCUCGAUGGGGUUGAACAAUUUCCUCGUCGUCGGCGACGUGUACCGGCGCGAUGAGAUCGACAGAACGCACUAUCCAGUCUUCCACCAGGUCGACGCGGUCAGGCUGUGCACGUCGCGGGAGGUGUUUCACAGCGUGGACGACUCCGAAAGUCUACAGCUGUUCGAGCACAGGGGGACGGAGAGCGCCGAGAAGCAGGCCUGUCAUAGUCUGGAGGCGGUGAAGGUGAUGGAGCAGGAACUGAAGAGCACUCUAACUAGUCUGGCACAAGCUAUCUUUGGGGAAGACGUGCAAUGCCGAUGGGUCGACCAGUACUUCCCAUUCACCCACCCGUCGUGGGAACUGGAGAUAUUGCACAACGACACUUGGCUUGAGAUACUCGGCUGCGGCAUCAUGCGCCAGGAAAUUCUACAGAAGUCCGGUGCCGUGGAUCGGAUCGGAUGGGCAUUCGGUCUCGGCUUGGAGCGUUUGGCCAUGCACUUGUAUAAUAUUCCAGACAUCAGAUUAUUCUGGAGCAACGACGCGGGUUUUCUGAAUCAAUUCAAAGUGGACGAUCCUAAUGCACGUAUCCAAUACAAGCCCGUCAGUGUGUACCCACCUUGUACCAACCACAUGAGUUUCUGGUUGCCGGAAGACGGAAGUUACUCUUCUCACGACUUCUAUGAUAUAGUUAGAGAAAUAGGCGGUGACACGAUCGAACAGAUAUCAUUAAUAGACGAGUUCGUACAUCCAAAGAUGAAGAAAACGUCACAUUGCUACAGCGUGGUCUACAGACACAUGGAGCGCACAUUGACUCAGAGAGAAGUCAAUAGGAUUCAUGAGAAAAUAGAAAGAGCGACAGUCGCUAAACUCAAUGUAGUUAUCCGAUAAAGUUGAGAAUAAAAUGUUUUCCGAACAAA